GACAGUCAUCUUAGGAAUUCACGUGAAUUGGUACCUCAUUUGGCAUAUUAAUUACACUGUUCUUCGUAAUCUAGAAACUUGAAACGAUUGAGCUGCUGGGUUACAAGUUAAUAGAAUUGUUUACUAGGAGAUCCUAUACAUUGAUUGAAUUAGAUAGGUGAUUAGUCUAGAUCCUCCAAUUAUUUAGAAACAAAAACUCCCUCGUCCAUCUGUUCAAAAAACUGUAAUCACAAUAUGAACUCGUGCCGUGUAAAAUAAUUCACAAAGAAGCUUGCUUAGUUUUUGUCGGUAAACGGUCUUGAGCUCAUUGUAAGCCGAUAAUUAUGCAUGAUGUGAGUAAUUAUUGGCUCUUACAGGAAUAUUCAUGAGCUUUGGUUAUUGAAUGCUUGUCUAGAUAUGUAGCACCGUUUACAAAAUGGAUCAACUGGGGAGCAAGGGAAGAUUCAAUGCAUGUGAUGUUUCUUAUGUAGCGUCUGCUAGUCUGAAUUAGAAUCUAGGAACUGUUACUAGCUAUGUAUAUCAAAAGUUUAUCAUCUAUCUAUUACAUAUAUUUGUUGGUUAGUUUUGUACAGAAUAUUAGUUUAGGUUACAGGUGUCAAUAUCAAAUAAAAGGCAGCUUUGUUGAAAUGAAAUGGGCUAUCAGGUUAACUGAUUCAUAAGAACCUAUGGACGCUUAUUAAAUGAUUCUUUGACUCUACAUUUGUUGUGGAUGGAGGCUGUUUAGAAUAAAAAAGGGUACGGACAUAUAUACUUUAUGGUCACCAAUGCAAUCAAGUAUUUGAUCAACUUGUCUAACCUGAAACAAUUAAAUUAAGCUGAAGGUCCAUGAUCUAAGCAUAGGUAGAAACUACAGAGUAAAAAACGAAAUGGAUCAGAUUAAAGCCACCUUAGGUGACAGCUAUAUAACCACCACUCCUCUAUGUGAAACUACUGAUAAUAUAUUGAAGAUAUCGUCAUUUCUUUAAUAACAGCACUUGCUACCUCAAAGCUCAUGUUUUGGUAUUUGAAAGGGAUAGAAAGAAAGGAACUGAGGGGAGCUGAGUUUAGGGGACAGGGUGGGCCUUGUUUAGAAGUUGGAGAAAGACUUUAGAAAGAGAGGAGAUAAGUAGGGAAUUUGGGAGUGAAAGAUACAUAGAACCUUUCUUGGAUGGUGGAGGCGAGAUUAUGUUAGAGAAAAAAAGAUGCAGAAUUCUAGCUUUCUCUGGGGUUAGUAGGAUUUGGGGAGAUUUCUUUACAACCGGGUUGAAGCAAAAGUCUAACCAAAAAGGUUGCUGAUUUGAACUUGAGACGCAGGAGAUUCUGGGCUUGAUAUACAGCCCCCAAUUAGUUUAGCUGUGUGAAAACACGUACUGUAUUAAGAUAAAAGGCAAUCUCUGCGCACUAGUUACAAUUGUGACUUAUAAAGGCUUGCACACACACAUGAUCUGAUCCUCCUGGAUGCUGCAAAAGUUGCAAUGUGUAUAUAGUGAAUGCAUGGCAAUUCCUUCCUCCUUUUGAUUGUAAGUCAAACAUGAUUUCUUCUAACAAGGUAGUUCAACUUUACAAGUGCCAGUGACCUCUCAGGAGUUGUCUUUUCUCUACAAAUGACGCCUAUGGCAAGUACAAAGACAAGAAAACCCACCGCAUCAGCUGAGCUUUUAAGAGACAUAAUAUUGAUUCCAGGGAUGGGACUCAAAGGCGAUUCUUUGCCGAGGUCAUCCAUCAUCAUGAUAGGAAUUGAAAGCUAUAGCCCACACAACGGAACAAAACGGAGCAAAUACGUACGUACAUCAGUACAUGUACAUUUCCUACGUACGUACUACUGCUAUACUCUUCUGCAUCAUAUACAUUUCUACAUGGAGAAUUUUAAAAAGCAUAUAGUCCAACCCCAACACGCAUGAGCAUUGCAACUUUAGUUUGUACUCUACACGCGCAGAUCGAAUAAGUUGAACAAUCGGGUAUAAUUUAGCUUAGCUAAGUGGCACCCACUUAAUUAAUUAGCUCUCCUGCACAUGCAUGGUCCCUCACUGAUCUCUUAUCUCUUUCUACAUACAUCGAUCGAGCCAUAAUACAAGGCAAAUUAAGAUAUUUAAUACAUAGACACAGUUAUAUAUAAGUACAAAAGCGCCGUAACAACCAGGAACCCUUGAAUAAAAUUAUAUUGUAUUCCGUUGCCUCUCCUCUACACAACACCGCGACUCUAUCGGUAUAAACUAUUUGCAUUACGUACACAAAACAACAUAAUUGAGCAUCCGGCUGCAUGCAUCGGUCGAUCCAGCUUUGAUUAAGAAAUGAGCCCUAGUACGUAUUAGUUGGCCACAGACCUAAGCUACAUGCCUACAAAGAUAUACAUAUAGUACUCAUAUAUAUAUUUAUUUAUAUAUCUAAAUAUCCUAUCAUGCGUGUGCCUCUAGCCCCGGUAGUAAUUAACAAAUCAACGAGGAAGACGAGCACAUAAAAUAGUGCAACAUGGAGCCGAGACAAGCGCAAUCUAGACCUCGACCUGUCUCUUGUGACCUCUGUGUGUGUGUUGCUUCUCCUGUUCAUCACAAGUACUCCAACUCAUACUACUACUAAUCUCUCUCUCUUUCCUACUUUGCAUCGAUCGUCCCUCUCCCUCUAAAGUGCAAGAGGCCGGGAUAUAAUAUUGUGUACAUGCUGCAUGUAUUCAAAUCAUUCACCUGCCUAGCUAUGAGCUCCAUGAUAUAUCCAUUCUCGCCUGUGCAAAUCCUGCAGCUCCAGGUCUUAUAUAUACUGCCCCUUCUCACCUGACACAGCUCCAACCCAUGCACAUCCAUCCAACUUAAUUUGACAGCAACUCACUGCAGCUUAGCUCUCUUUCUCUCUUAGUUCUCUUCUUCUGUAGCAAGUACCACCAGUGCCAAGCUUCUACAGUGUGCUGCUCGCUAGCUACUCGUCUUUGCAGCCAUGAGCAUGACGAGCCCCAGGCUAAAGCUCUUCGGCUUCGACGUCUCCGAGGAGGAGACGGCGGAGCACGAGGAGCAGUACUCGGCUGAGCCGGAGAGCGCGCCGGUCUGCGGGGGCAACGGUGGCGGCGGAGGCGGCGGCUCGGACUCGUCCUCGUCGUCUACUACGACCACCACGACGGCCACGGCCGGCGGCGACGGGCGGAGGUACGAGUGCCAGUACUGCUGCCGCGAGUUCGCCAACUCGCAGGCGCUCGGCGGCCACCAGAACGCGCACAAGAAGGAGCGGCAGCAGCUCAAGCGGGCGCAGCUGCAGGCGGCGGCCGCGGCCGCCGGCCGUGUCGCGGGCGGCGCCGCCGCGCUCUACCCGCGCGCCAACCCGAUGGUCUCCGCCUUCGCUCCGACCCCCCACCUCCUCGGCGGCGGCGAGGCGGGGCCCACCAGCUGGGUCUACUUCUCCCCGCGCGCCGCCGCGGUGGCCGGCGGGGCGCAAGGCCAGCAGUUCCACGUGUCCCACGGCUGCGUCUUCCCCGCCCGCGGCGCCGGCCCUGCCGCCGUCGCCGCCGCCUCGCCGGCUGUGUUCUCGUACACUCCGGCGACGUCUGCCGCCGCCGUCGCCGCGGCCUCGGCACCCUACGUGACGACGGACGAGCACCACGGGCGGAGGAUCCACGCGAGCUCGGCGGCCAGCCUUGCGAGAUAUCCCGGUCCGGCGAUGGUGGUGGCGGAGCCGGUGGCCACCGUGCCGGAGGACACCUGCCUGGGGCUUGACCUCCAGCUCAGCCUUGCGCCCGCCGGCUUGUGACUUCACCGCCGCGCUUGCAUGAGUUCGCGCGCGUGGUCGACGACGACGACGACGAUCCGGCCACACUACUGCGCGAGAGCGAGCUAGCUACUGUUUACUAUGGUAAAAAAGAAUUAAUUACCUACUAGCUGCCUACGUCCGUAGUUGAUCCGUACUAAGAUCCCUCUCCCUGGCUAGGUAAUUAGCACUAGUAGUACUUAAGUAAAUUAAGUAUUUUUAGCUUCUGGGACUUGGAGAGCUGCAUGUAAGCUGCCUGUAACUCCUGUUCUUAUUGAUAUGCAUGAUUUCAGAGAGAUCAAUGACCAUGGACGCCAUGUAAAUUUUUGUCCCCACCCUAUAGCUUGUUCCUUGCAAUUUUCAGACGAAAUUACCACCGAUUCUUUGGUUGAUCUGUA